AUGGCCGGAGAGGUUGCCGGCGACCGGAUGCGGGGCUCCCGUGGCCGGAUCUGGCCGGAGGAGGGCGGCGCCGGCGGAGGAGCUAGGCGGCGACGGUCGGCGGUGCGCGGGGUCGGCGGGGCCGGCGGCGGGGCAGGCACGGUCCGACGAGGGGAGGCGCUGGCGGCGGAGACCGGCGGGACCCGGCGGGGCGGCGAGCCGCGGGCUCGGGCGCGGGGCACGGGGCAGCGCCCGCGGGGAGCGGCGGCGGCGAGAUGGGCCCCGUGGGCCGGCUGCGGGCUGCAGCGGGACGCGCGGUGGGAGGCGCAGGGAGGGCGAUGUGGCGACGGCGGAUUCGUCGGGGACGGCGGCGCGAACACGUCCGGCGGCGGGGUUGUGCUGGAAGGCGGCUACCACACUCGGCAGGCCAAAUGGCAUGCGGACAUAGCUGUGAGGUGGGCCCUCGCGGCGCCGACGCGCGAUGGCCAGGAGCGCUCCUGA